AUCUAAUCAUUGGCUUGGAAGAUGCUGCAAGCGCACACUUGUGAGUCGUGACUGAUGUGGUGGUUCUACCGCAACGGCCCCUCGGGCUUCUCCGGCGCCUCCACCGCCGAGGAGGUCACAGCCGGCGUGGACUGCCGCGGCCUGGUGGCCGUCGUCACAGGUGCGUCGAGCGGCAUCGGGCGGGAGGCGGCGCGCGUCCUGGCUCUGCGCGGCGCGCGCGUCGUCAUGGCCGUCCGCGACGUCUCCGCGGGGCUCCGGGCCAAGGAGGCGAUCCAGGCCGAGAUCCGCGGCGCGGAGGUCGACGUGCUGGAGCUGGACCUCGCCUCCAUGGCUUCCGUGAGGAGCUUCGCCGCGGAGUUCGCCUCCCUCGAUCUGCCCCUCAACAUCCUCAUCAACAACGCUGGAGUGAUGGCAAGAGACUGCACGCGUUCCUGCGACGGCCUGGAAUUACAUUUCGCGACCAACCACAUUGGACAUUUCCUUCUGACAAAUCUCUUGCUGGAGAACAUGAAGAGCGCGAGCCUGGACAGCGGCGUCGAGGGGAGGAUCGUCAACGUAUCCUCGUCGGGCCAUAUCAUGACCUAUCCUCAAGGGAUUUGCUUCGACAAAGUGCACGAUCCUUCGGGAUUCAACAGCUUGGUAGCUUAUGGUCAGUCCAAGCUCGCAAACAUUUUGCAUUCAAAUGAGCUGUCCCGAGUUUUGAAGGAAGAAGGGGUGAACAUUUCAGCUAAUGCGGUCCAUCCCGGCGUCGUCGCGACAAACCUUUUCAGGAACAGGACUAUUUUUAGCGCUCUGAUUAACACCAUCGGAAGUAUAAUAAGCAGAAGCGUUCAACAGGGAGCUGCAACGACAUGUUAUGUAGCAGUGCAUCCUCAAGUCAAGGGGAUAACUGGUAGAUACUUCGGCAAUUGUAAUAUUGCGAACCCAAGCUUGCAAGCUAGAGACGCAGAGUUGGGCAAGAGCUUGUGGCAAUUUAGCUUGCAGAUAGUGUCUUCUUGUGGGGCGGAGCCAGGAUGGACAUAACACAAAAUAUAUCAAUUGUUAAAUACAGCAUCGGCGUGAGCUCUCUUACGGUAAUAUGAACCAUUUAUUUGUCCCGUCUAAUGGCUAUCAUUGUUGGGUAUUCCAUCUCAAUCCCACGGAGUGCUGGGUCGAAAAAUCGGGAGUAACCGAAUUGGACGGCAAACUCGUGUCUUCCUUCCCGAUCUAAUCGAGGCGCUGGCGGAGUGGACGAGGGCCGGCUGAGGGCUGAGGGAUGGAGGACCUCAACGGCAGCCGCGCCGCGCUCCGGCUGGGGGUGGCGGCGGCGCUAGGGCUGGAGCCGGCGCAGUCAGGCGGAGGGGUGGCGGCGCGGCGCACUGGGGGGCGGCGGCGCGGCUGAGGGCUGGGGGAUCGAGGGCCUCAACGGAGGCCGCGCUGGCUGGCGGAGGGGAAGAGGCCGCCGCGCCGAUUUAGGGGAAAUCGCGGCCGCCGCCACGAGGGCAUGUGGCGGGCGAUCCGGCCAAUAUGCUGCGCGGCCUGCGGGGGAGAGGACGAGGCCGCUCGCCGGCGGAGGGGCUGGGUGGCCGCGCCGGCGGAUCGGACGACGGAGCCGCUCGAUUGGGCCGCGGCCGGCCGAGAUGUGCGUACGCAGCCUCCCUCCCCUCUCCACGACGGGUGGAUCUGCCGCAGGCCGAAGCCUUCGUCGCCGGGGAGCGCCCGUAUUGUGGUGGCGCGCCGGCCGAGCGGACGACGGCGACGAUCUGGAGCACAUAAGCGCAGGAAGUUCGCAGUAUACGAAACGAGUGAUCGGCUGCGACCUGUAAGGACCGUGAAGGUGACAAGUCAUUUGGCGCUGGCUUCUUGAAACAGGUUAGCUAAUAUUGGAUCAUGUCACUUCUGCACAAAUAUGGCAUUCCUUCUGUGAUCAUGGUCAUUAUCUGCAAUUGGUUAAUUUUGAAGUAGCGUGUAUGUGUUGCCGCAUGACAUUUGUUGGUAUGGAAGUAAUUUCUUAUGUCCUUUGUAGUUGAAACUGAGAUUCUAUGAGGUGCAGAGUAUGUCAAAUUUUCUGGAAUUUUGGUGUAUGCAUAAUUAAUGUCCUGAUUAAGCAAGGUCAGAAGAGGGAAAA